AUGAAGUCCUUCGCUGUUGCCGCCACCCUCCUCGCCGCCGCCCCGGCUGCUCUCGGCCAGUUCAUCGGCCUGGCCGCUCGCUCGGCCUCCCCCAUCCACUUCGGCAGCAUCAACGCUGCUGGCGGCAAGUUCUGGAUUGGCAAGGAGACGUCGGCCUACUGCCCCUCGUCCGUCGUUCCCGACUGCGAGACGGACUACCCCGGUAACGCCACCGUCUUUGCCGGCGGCGACAACACCCUGGGCCUGUACACUGCCGUUCCCGGCGGCCAGCAGGUCUACGUUGCUCCCGACGGUUCCCUCUCUUUCACCCAGGCCCACUCUGCCUACAUUCCCACGGGCUCUGUCACGACCGGCUUCACCCUGUCUCCCGGCACUAUCGGCUACCUGGGCUGGACCGACGGCUUCAUUGCUUGCCCUUCUCUCAACGGCACUUUCCCCUACCAGAUCUACGGUGGCAGCACCAACCAGACCACCUGCCUUGGCUUCAGCUUCCUCGCCUCCAACACCACUGGCGGCGUCAACGCCUGGCAGUACGCUUAG